AUGUCACAAAUCACACCUAACGUUUAUAAAAGGCAGAAUAUUUCCAAUGGGACGGUAAAUAGAUCUGUCAUACCUUCGACGGUGUAUGAAGAGCCGGAAAAAACGUUGUUAAACUUCCCAUCUUCUGUGAUGAAUGGUGUAACGAGAGAAGGAGGAUUGGUCUCAUUAACUUUUAAGUCUGUUAAAUUUGUUGAUUUGGUCGAAAAAUUUGACAUGAUAAAAGAAACAUUAUAUAAGGACUACAAGGAUGGGCUUCAACUUCCCAAAAUUAACGAUGAAGGAUUCGAUGCGAAGACACGAAUCCAAGAAUUGAAUGUGGAAAUAGAAACGCUCAAAAAUAAGCGUCAGAAAGUAACAAAUGAUCGCAAGGAAGAGCCAUAUGUUAAAGUGAAGCAAGAACAGCUUCUGUCCAUUGUACAUGAUAAAAAAGAUGUGUCUCCAUUUGGUGAAGAAAUCAUUAAGCAAUAUGAAAGCGAACGCUCCGACAAAGCGAUUUCGUUCUCUCAUGGCCAGUAUACAUUCUUAAAGAAUUUUAGCGUGCCAUCUGACUUAAAGAUACAGAAGUUCGAGGAUGUGAAUAACCCUGAUAUGCUGGCGUAUGCUAAGAAGAAUUCUCAAACCUCAUCUGAAAUUUUAGGUGAAGAAGAUCAGGGUGAACCUCUGAGAGAAUUGCAGACUCCAUCUAAUACCCCAUUAUAUUGA